GAAGGAAACGCUGCAAGAUACAUCACUAGAUCACAAGCUGUUAAAUCCCUUCAAGUCAGUCUAUCACUCUUCAGGAAGUUAUGCAUUCUCAAAGGUAUCUUUCCCCGAGAACCAAAGAAGAAAAUGAAAGGUAAUCACCACACGUAUUAUCACUGGAAAGAUAUUAUGUUCCUUAGACAUGAGCCAUUACUUGAGAAGUUUAGAGAAAUGAGGGCAUAUGAGAAGAAGGUAAAGAAAGCUAUUUCAAAGAAGAAUAGGGAUCUUGCUGAACGUCUAUUGACUCGCAAACCUUCUUACACCCUUGAUAUGCUUAUUCGAGAAAGUAAGGGAUUUGGAUGA